GGGCAUCAAAUUAUAGCAGCAACUGAAUCUGGAAAUGGAGCCGUGGAGCUGGACUGAGUGGUUAAAUUAUGGUCGUAAAAAAGACACCACAACCAAUUCUAUCACCCGAAUGGGACAUGAAGAUUAAAAGGAAAAGUGAACGGCAGAGAAAGAGCCAGCAGAGUCUUUAGAAUAUUCAAGCUCAAAGGCAAGCAAAUAUAGUUAGAAUUCUCCAGCAAAGCUUUUCGAAUCGAAAUGUUUUGCCUGCCCAUUGUUGGGUUCUUUUUUCUCCACCUGAUGCUGAUACAUUAAACCCAUGUCCAUCUCAUUGUUUCUCUGAAGCCAAUUAGCAGUAUAGGUGGGCUUGCUGUUCAUAUACCCAAGGCUUUGUGCUUGCAAAGUUGGGUUGAUUUGGUUGAAGGGUUUCAAUAGUCUUUUACAAAAACCAUUGGUGGGUAUUGCCUGAAAGUGGAUAGAGUGAUAGACUUUAAUGGGCAUUUCCAUUUUUUGCUAUAAACUACUCCAGGAAACACAAACUCAGGUCUAUGCUUUAGUGGGUAUCGUCCAUUUUUUGCUAUAAACUACACUCAGCCAGAAAAUCGGGGGAACACAGAGGGCAAAAACAAAUUUUCUAGUAUUUGCUCAUAAAGCUUUCCACCUUAAGCAUGUCAAUUCCCUUGCCGUCAGUUGUUUCUCCGACUUUGGAGCUAUCAAAUGGUACUGGAUUUUUGGACUCACCUAAGUUUCUUGGGAGGAAUAUGAGUUCAGUGUGCAAUGCUAGGGUUAAGAGGGAUAAGAUACAAAGGUGGAACUUGCAAGCAUCUCUAGAUGCAGAUUUAAGAUACUUUUCUUUGGGAAAAUCAUUUUUGAAGAGUGGAGGAAAAUCAUAUGCCCUUUCAAGUGUUGUGGCUAGUCCAUCUGAUGAAAUGAUGAUGCCAUCCGAGCAGAAGGUAUAUGAUGUAGUUCUUAAGCAGGCUGCUUUGCUGAAGAGGAACUUGAUUUCAAAAGAUGAUGAUUUGAAGGCGAAACCGGAUAUUGUUCUUCCUAAAAAUUUGGACCUUUUGAGUGAAGCUUAUGAUCGGUGUGGUGAAAUAUGUGCUGAGUAUGCAAAGACUUUUUAUUUGGGGACCUUGCUAAUGACACCUGAGAGAAGAAGAGCUAUUUGGGCAAUAUAUGUGUGGUGUAGGAGAACUGAUGAGCUUGUUGACGGGCCUAAUGCGUCACAUAUAACUCCGUCAGCCCUGGAUAGGUGGGAAGAUAGGCUGGAAGAUGUAUUUAAAGGACGCCCAUUUGAUAUGCUUGAUGCUGCCCUCUCAGAUACUGUCUCCAGAUUUGCAGUUGAUAUUCAGCCUUUCAGGGAUAUGAUUGAAGGAAUGCGUAUGGAUCUACAUAAGUCAAGAUACAAUAACUUUGACGAACUUUAUCUUUAUUGUUAUUAUGUUGCUGGUACUGUUGGUUUGAUGAGUGUUCCAAUAAUGGGAAUCGCACCCGAAUCAAAGGCAACUACAGAGAGUGUCUACAAUGCUGCUUUGGCUUUAGGCAUUGCAAAUCAGCUGACCAACAUUCUCAGAGACGUAGGAGAGGAUGCCAAACGGGGGAGAGUCUAUUUACCUCAAGAUGAAUUAGCCCAAGCAGGACUUUGUGAUGACGACAUAUUUGUUGGAAAAGUUACUGAUAAAUGGAGAAGCUUCAUGAAGAAGCAAAUUCAGAGAGCAAGGAAGUUUUUUGACGAGGCAGAGAGAGGAGUUACCGAUCUUAGCUCUGCCAGUAGAUGGCCGGUGUGGGCAUCACUGCUGUUGUACCGCAAGAUAUUAGACGAGAUUGAAGCGAAUGACUAUAACAACUUCACAAGAAGGGCAUACGUGAGCAAACCGAAGAAGCUUCUUUCAUUACCUAUUGCAUAUGCAAAAGCUCUUAUUUGACCAUCAACAACCCCUUCCCAUUUGGCAAGAACUUGAACAGAACCUUAAAAUUCAACUAAUGCUCUACUUGAAGCAUUAAUAGGCAGGUAAUAUAUGUACAUUAAAAUGUUUUAGCAUCACUAUAUGUCGGUGUAACUGAACAUUUUAUACUUCUGAAAGUAGGAUGUGAAAAGUUGUGUUGUUCAUUGGCCACCUUAAACAUCAGCUGUUUCUACUUUUCUUUGCUUAGACAAUCACUAUGUAGCUAUUAUUUGGUGUGGCAUUCUUUAAGUUCUGUUUAUUCUUUUGGUUGAGGGCGGUGCUAACAGUUUUGGACUGUGUUCGAUAACAGUUAUUUUUUAUGCUUAUGUGCUUAGAAUAAACACGAAGUGUACCAAGUUUAAGCACGCUACUGGAGUUCUUUUGCUUGAGUUUUUUGCUUAAUACUAUCCUCCG